GUCAAUUAAAAACUUGAAUGUUUACAUUUCUCUUUUUCUAGCAAGAAUGGCGGUCUCCCUUCUCGUCCGGAAGUCGCCAUGAAGGAUCCUUAAAUCGGAUGCGACCCUCCUUCAGAUCCCUUCUUUCUUCUCGAUUGCUUGUUAUCUCUUCUUCUUCUUCUGCAAAUUUCUGCUCAAAUUCCGGCUGAAAACCCCUCCUAUCCAUCCAAUUCAUCUUAAAAAUCUCCUUUUCUUUUGCCCCCGGCUACCUAGAGCUGCUUGAGGUUAUAGUUAUGGAAGUUUGGUGAUUUUUCUUCGAAUUCUGCAAGAAAAGCUUCGAAUUUCCGCGUGACAGUUGAAGGAUCUGGCGGUCGUUUGAUGGGCAAUACAUGCCGGGGAUCUUUCGGAACCAAGAAUCCCCACAGCUUCGGCAAGCCAACGGACUCUAAGCGGAAUCCCUCCUCCUUCGACGCCUCCCAAUCGUAUUCCGACUGCAAGACACCCAUGAAGCCCGGCCGCGAGGCCGCCGUGAGCCCUAGAGAGGCCCACUCCGCCGCCUUCGUGAGGCGGGGCAUGGACCCGAACUCCUUCUACGUCCUCGGCCACAAGACCCCCAACCUUCGGGACCUCUACCUCCUCGGCCGCAAUCUAGGGCAGGGCCAAUUCGGCACCACGUAUCUCUGCACCGAGAUCUCCACGGGGAUCGAGUACGCCUGCAAGUCUAUUUCCAAGCGGAAAUUGAUCACGAAAGAGGAUGUGGAGGAUGUGAGAAGGGAGAUCCAGAUCAUGCACCACCUCGCUGGCCACAAGAACGUUGUCACGAUCAAGGGGGCAUACGAGGACUCGCUCUACGUGCACAUCGUGAUGGAGCUGUGCGCUGGCGGGGAGCUCUUCGACCGGAUUAUCGAGAGGGGGCAUUUCAGCGAGCGCAAGGCGGCUGAGCUCACGAGGAUCAUCGUCGGGGUCGUGGAGGCAUGCCACUCCCUCGGAGUUAUGCAUCGAGACCUCAAGCCGGAGAAUUUCUUGCUCGUUCACAAGGAUGAUGAUUCCUCCCUCAAAGCCAUCGAUUUUGGCCUCUCCGUCUUCUUCAAGCCAGGUCAGGUCUUCACUGAUGUGGUUGGAAGCCCAUACUAUGUUGCUCCUGAGGUACUGUUGAAGCAUUAUGGACCAGAGGCUGAUGUCUGGACGGCUGGUGUCAUACUUUACAUAUUGUUGAGUGGUGUACCACCUUUUUGGGCUGGUAUGACUCUGAUGGACACCUCCUCACACUGGUUCAUGAUUUAUGGCAAUUUGGCAAUCACUAAAAUUGAUCUUUCACAUUUUGCAGAAACACAGCAAGGAAUAUUUGAUGCAGUUUUGAAGGGAGUAAUAGAUUUUGACUCAGAUCCAUGGCCAUUAAUAUCUGAUAGUGCCAAGGAUCUUAUCAGAAAAAUGCUAUGUUCUAGUCCUUCAGAACGCUUGACAGCCCAUGAAGUAUUAUGUCAUCCCUGGAUAUGUGAAAACGGAGUUGCUCCUGAUAGAGUUCUUGAUCCAGCUGUCCUUUCUCGCCUCAAACAAUUUUCAGCAAUGAACAAAUUAAAGAAGAUGGCUUUACGAGUAAUAGCUGAAAGCCUUUCAGAAGAGGAGAUUGCAGGAUUGAGAGAAAUGUUCAAGGCAAUGGACACAGACAACAGUGGCGCCAUUACAUAUGAUGAACUGAAAGCGGGUCUAAGAAGAUAUGGUUCUACAUUAAAGGAUACAGAGAUUCGUGAUCUUAUGGAAGCAGCUGAUGUGGACAAUAGCGGUACCAUAGACUAUGGGGAAUUCAUUGCAGCAACUGUACAUCUGAACAAGUUGGAACGUGAAGAACAUUUGGUGGCAGCUUUUUCAUAUUUCGACAAGGAUGGAAGUGGUUAUAUUACAGUUGAUGAGCUUCAGCAAGCUUGUAAAGAGUAUAACAUGACCGAUUGUUUUCUUGAAGACAUUAUCAAGGAAGUGGAUCAGGAUAAUGAUGGUCGUAUUGACUAUAGCGAGUUUGUUGCAAUGAUGCAAAAGGGCAAUAUGGGAGUUGGAAGACGGACAAUGCGGAACAGUUUGAACAUAAGCAUGAGGGAUGUGUCAGGAGCUUUCUGAAUUUUUGUUAAGUACAGCUUCUGUUGAAGAAAUCGCUUACUUUCCAAGUUUUUUUUCCUGCCCUUUUUGUAUUUGUAUUGUGAAAUGAAAUAUGGAAAAUAUGGUGUUUGAAUCUGAUGAGUGUGCGGUAUAUAUUCUGCAAAAAUUAGCAAGUUGGUUAUUCAAAACCUGGAAUUGCAUAAUGCCAAGGCAACAGUGAAAUCAAACCUUAUCAUGCCAAGACUGUCGAUUUGCCAAUAGAAGUAUAGCCAAGAAGGGUUGACAAAAACUGGUUUGGGUCCUCACAUUGACGCCAACUCUGCCUUAGAUUGUUAUCUUAAGCCAGUUGUGGAUGAAGCCGAAGUACUAUUCUGUUGUCAUUGAUUUCUAUAAAAAACUAGGGUCAUUUCUAUGUACAUGAUCUUUUGGAUCUUCCAUGGCUUCGAGCCUUUCCUCCAACUUGUAUCUAAACUACAGGACUUAUUCACUUAU